AUGCUUUUCAACAUGGAGCGGCACCCGGGGUACUCACACCUCCAGGCAUGGUACGAGCGAGAUCCUGAGUCUAGCUGGAUACGGCGUACGCUCUGAGGCUUCAUUGCAACCUGCGAGGGUGAAACUUUACACUUCUGGAUCUCAUAUGCCACGGAGGCCCUUCCUCCGCCCGUGUUUGCUUCAGUUCACAACACGUAUCCCCGAUUUUGCUGAUCUGGGGCCGCCUUACAGACAUACUAGUCGUACUGGACGAUGCUAUACCCGAUCCACUUUGAAUUUCUACGAUCGUCUCCACGCAGAAACGGAGCGGCGAAUAGUCUGUAGGCCACAGCGGGGCGUUGCAGCAGGACCGGACAGUAUAUUCCUCGACCGCAUAUCGUGUAUCGCGCUAGCAGAAAGGAGCCCGCAUGCUUUUCAAAACUUUGCUACAAACGAGCGGAGGAAGGCUUCCUCUUAUCACUUCCUCACCGGUCAACUUUACAGAUGUUCUUCCAUACAUCUCCCUCAUCGAAUGUCUGUUGCGCACUGCCUCACUCCUUCUGACACAAUUUCACUGAAUUCAGAUCGGCAUCCCGACGCCGGGGGCAGGUCUCUUCACCGGGCUCAAGGCGAAAACACAUUCCGCCGCAAAACCUAGAAACAUGAUGUUGCCUCAGAAUACCUUCACGUGUCAACACGAUCCUCGCCCGUGGCGAAGUUCGCAUGUGAAGUAAGCGCCUGAAGCUGCGGACCUGCGCACGAUGA